AUGGAUGUUUUAAUUUAUAUGUGUUUAACUUAUUUUGUCUGGUAUCAUAUAGCAGCAGACGACGACGUGUUUGUUAAAUCUGGAGGUGAUGUCACACUUCAUUGUUCGCUUCCUGGACACUCCUAUUUUUGGACAAAGGAUCACUUCAAUCAUCUUGUCGACAACCAUAAAUAUGAUGGAACCAGAACCGUUUCCUUAACGGUAACCAAUGCUCAUUGUGACGACUCUGGCUUGUUUCGAUGCACUGUAUACACGGGCAUUGGUCCAUAUCAUCAUGGUCCGUAUCAUAAAUUGAACAUUAUUGACAACAACACAUUUACAAGAUGUAAUAUUGGAGGGGAUAUGGAAACUGAUAUACAACUUUCAACAGUGAAUAAAGAAGAAACACCAAUUCAAAGUGGGUUUGGGACAGACAUGACGUUCAUGGGAACAUUUUCAGAUGUAACAAUAGGCAUCAUCGUUGUAGGAAGUGGAUGUAUAAUUAUUGUCAUAGCGACUGGUGUUUUUGUAAUACUGUGUCACAAAUAUCGUAAACCAAGAAUAUUACCAUUACGACAGACACGUAGACAUUUUCUCCGAAUUUCGUCGGAUCAUACUGAGUCUAGAUUGAAAAGUCAAAUUUAUGUUCCUACUGACCAAAGAUACGAGUAUAUUGAAAUUGACGAAAAACUGUCGAUUUACGCCCCAUAUGACAAUGCAGAAUUCUCGUACGAAGACUUAACUACGAGAAGACAGUAUACAUAUAUGCCAAUAAUUCAAAGUAUAAACAUUGACGGGAACUCAAUGUUCGAACCUAAUGAUUAUGGCUAUAUAGACGGACAGUCAUCGUUUCAACCUAUUGGUUAUGGCUAUAUAGCCGGGGAAUCAUCAUUUCAACCUACUGAUUAUGGCUAUAUAGACGGAAAGUCAUCAGUACAACCUAUUGAUUAUGGCUAUAUAGACGGACAGUCAUAAUUUCAACCACCUGAUUAUGAGCCAUAAUUCAAUGGUUGAUAGGGACUUA